UUCAAAACGGGGAAGGGAGGCCACACGAGAUGACAUCGUGGUACGACUGCACCGUCUGCAGCUGACAGGAGGGCAACAGGGGGACAGGCUGGAAGCUCCGGGAGGACGAGGAGAGCCGUGAGGAGGGCGGCUCCGGGGGCUGCAGGUACCUGCGACGGAGGGAACGGAAACAGAGGCACAGCACCACGCGGGCGCGUGAGAAGAUGGCGGCGGUGAGGCGCUUCCCCGGGGGGCUGCCUGUGGAGGGCGGGCCGCUGCCGGAGAGGUGUGACCGCUGGGCGUGCCCGUAACGCGGCACCACCUCCCCUCUGCCGUCAUCCUGGCCCUUCCACUGAUCCUGGCAGCCGCGAGAGGGACCCCGGCCCCGAGAGAGCUGAGACCGACCCGGCGCCAUGCCAGCCGCCGCGCCGCCCCCGCUGCACCCCGCGGCGGGCUCGUGCUGCCCCUACGGCCGCUGCGCGGGUUGGCACCCACACUGGGCUGUUGGUGACACAGAGGCAGCAUCUGUCCUCAGAGUGGAAAAAUCCAGAGAUCAUAGUGAAGGAUCCAGUGAAUUGCUGGAGUUUAAGGAGAAUCAUUUUUAGUGCUGCUCUUUCUCUUCCCAUAUGAAAGAACAUCUUGUUUAUGCUGUUUUUGGACUAAUACAUCAAAAUCACUCCCGAUACACAAUUUCUGUUAUGUGCAACUUCACUUGUUAUCUGUCUCAUUUGGAAGAGGGAAGGAAAUGGAUCCAAGUGCUAAGGAGCAUGCUGAGGUACACGCAGCACUUAGUUUUGAGAGUAUUGCAACAAAGGAGCAUCCUCCAUCGCAGCACUGGACAAGGCAGUAGCAGAAUGGAGGUCUGUAGCAGCUUCUCCCCAUGUGCUCCCCAGUGAAGGUGGCAGCGCUUGGCAUAGUUUUCCUCAUCCUAGGACACCGAAGCAUGUUUGACCACUCAUCUCACAGUGCAAGCUCAAAAGUAACAGAGAGGAAACUACAUGGGACUUGUCCUCCAGUUGGUCGUGGAAACUGUGGAAAACAAUGUGUGAAUGCGAGCAGCUAUAGGUCUUCAUUUUUUAAUCCCUGGAAUGGUUUUCAUACAAUACAUUCAGAGCACAGUUCUCUGAAGCCAACGAUUAUUACAGUGGUGAAACCCAGCAGGCAUACACUCAAAAAGAUAACCUUGCUUCUGAACAGGAGAUCUGUCCAGACCUUUGAGCAGCUGGUGGCUGACAUUUCAGAAGCUCUGGGAUUUCCACGCUGGAAGAAUGAUCAUGUGAGAAAGCUUUACAGUCUGAGAGGCAGAGAAAUCCGAAGUGUUUCUGAUUUCUUCAGGGAAGGCAAUGCAUUCAUAGCUAUGGGGAGGGAGCCCCUUACGUUGAAGAACUUGGAAGUGGCAAUACAAGAACUUUGUCCUGAAAAUCCUUAUGCUGUCAGUGCAAUUCAGCAAGAUGAGGAGCAGUCCCAAAAACUGAAGAGCAGGCUGUAUGACGAAGCAUCAAAAGUGGACAGUGGAUUUGAUGAGGUAGAGAUUGCCAAGAAUUGCGGUGAUGUUAUGUCUCCCACACUGGUAGCUAGAAAAAGUCAAGCCAAGACAAAGCAAGAAGAGAAAAUGAGAACAAAAAAAAAGUGGACUAGAGAGAGUUGGGAUGGUGAGCAAGGAGUGAGGCCUUCUAGAAAAAAUCGAGAAAGUGAGAGGUACCUUAAGCAAGAGAGGAGCCCUGAGAAGGGAUUAGAAGAGAUUACAGUGGAAGUAGUGAGGUGUGAGAAGUGUGAACAGGAAAGGCAGGCGAGGCAAAAGUUACAAAGGGAAAGGCAUGCUGAGACUUCAUUUGAGAACACAGACCUGGACGCAGGUGCAUGUCAGAAGUAUCAGUUAGAAAGAAAUGCAAAAAUCAGGAAUAGCCGAAAAUCUUCUGAAAUUCCUCUAGAAGGUGAAGAAGUUGGCUGGAAAGAGAAUGGCUGCAGAAAGACCUGGAAACCUCUACAUAGGAAUGUUAAUGAAGGGCUGGAAAAGCAAAAAAAGAGCAUUGAGAUAGAAAGAAAUCCAGACAAACAUGAAAACCACGAGAAAGAAGUGGUGAAAAUCAAGAAGAAUGCUGUGGAAAGGCUGCAAAUAACUCAUGAAGUGAAGGAAGAAAGUGGAAGUAGCUGUGUAACUAAUCAAAAUGGUUGGCUAACGAAAGACACUCCAAGAGAUGCUGAGAAACCAUCUAAAGUACAUAGGGACAGCAGAGAGGGUCAAAGGGCUAAAGAGGAGGGUGCCAGGAGAGAGAGAAAUAUACAUAGAGAGAAUGACGUGACUCGACGAGAGAAAACAGGAGAGCGUAGAAUGAAUAAAGAAGAAAACAAGGCUCUGGGACUGGAAAACACAAGCCGGAGGCAUGCCAUUAAAAACAGAACUGAUGUGGAAAACCACUAUGAGAUUGGCAGGACUAUUGGGGAUGGGAAUUUUGCAGUGGUGAAGGAAUGUCGCCACUGCAACUCUAAUCAGAUCUAUGCUAUGAAGAUUGUGGAUAAAUCCAAGCUGAAGGGGAAAGAAGACAUGAUGGAAAGCGAAAUUCUGAUCAUUAGGAGUCUUUCUCAUCCCAAUAUAGUAAGCUUAAUUGAAGUGUAUGAGACGGAAGCUGAGAUCUACCUAAUCCUGGAGUAUGUCCCAGGAGGGGACUUAUUUGAUGCAAUCAUAGAAAGUGUGAAGUUCACAGAGCAUGAUGCUGCUGUCAUGAUCACUGACCUGUUUGAAGCCCUGGUGUAUAUUCACAGCAAGAACAUCGUCCACAGAGACCUCAAACCAGAGAACCUUUUGGUUCAGCACAAUGCAGAUAAAUCUACUACACUGAAACUAGCAGAUUUUGGCCUUGCAAAGCUGGUUACAAAACCUAUAUUUACCGUUUGUGGAACACCAACGUAUGUUGCACCUGAGAUACUUGCUGAGAAGGGCUAUGGGCUCGAAGUAGAUAUGUGGGCAGCUGGUGUGAUCCUUUACAUUUUGCUCUGCGGUUUUCCUCCGUUUCGCAGUCAGGAACGUGAUCAAGAAGAGCUGUUUCAAAUCAUACAGCUGGGUCACUAUGAGUUUCUUUCCCCAUACUGGGACAAUAUUUCUGCAGCAGCAAAAGACCUCAUAGCCAGGCUGUUGAUAGUGGAUCCCCAAAAGCGCUACACAGCACGGCAAGUACUUCAGCACCCUUGGAUCAGAACAGCUGGAAAAACUAAUGGCAGAAACUUGCAGAGGGAAGUAACAAUAAAUAUUGAGCGUCAUUUCCGGACCCAGCGCCGAAAGGAAGUUGUAGAUGAGGACACAUGAAGUCUCUUCAAGCUCAUCUAUUUGUCCCUUUUUAUUGAUUAACAUAUUAUUUGUUUUCUUUUGUAAAUGAAUUGAGCCCUUAGUGUAUAGAUUUUGCUGGCCAUCAUUAUAACUCUCCUUGAUUCUGAGAUUCUGAAUAAGGAUAGAGAUCUAAUUUGCAUCCCCACCCUUGUGAUGUCACUUGGGAGCGUCUCUGACAGCAGUGGGUACUAGAUAUUUCCUGGAGGGUAUACAUUAUUUUUCUUUAAAUGCUGAUUAGAACUUUUACAUUAUAUAAUGUAUAUCUUUUUAGAUGGCAAAUGUUUGCUUCUGCAGCCAACAUUAGUGGUGACUGAAAUGUGUUUUCUUGUCUCAUUUUGUAUGAUACCUUCAGGCAUUUUGCAUUUUGUUUUUUAUUUUAUAAUGUUUUGUGUUUAUAACAUUGUCAAAAUGGCUGUCUGCAUACACAUCCUGCACUAAUUCUUAAACUAGCUUUUCACAAGUUCCUGCAAGCAGUGGAGAAGGUGAGGGAAUUAUUUUUGUGUGUAUGUGUGUGUAUAUAUAUACACACACAUAAAAUAUAUAUAUUAUUUAGCUGUAGUAUAUGUUAAAUAAAAUGUAAGAUACUGUUUAUUAAGUUGUAAGUAAAGAAAAAUUGUUGUAGGUGAAAGGAGAUAUUUUAUGGGAGAUAUUAUAUUUCCCUUGGCAAUAUAUUUUCUUUGGAUGUUCUCAGGGACGGGGCAGUAGGAAUGUACAAUGUUUCUGUUAAACUAUCAUGGUUCUGUAUAGUAUGGUAGUUUCAUUUCUUUAUAAGAAGAGGUGGGAAGAUACCAUGACUGAUACGGUUUCAAGGCUAGAAUAAUAACUUUUAAAACAUUUUUGUUCCUACUCUGGGAAGUAGGAAGUUAGCAGUUUUAAGGAAACUAUUCCUAAAGGUAUACUUACAGAAUGAUAACCCAAGCUUUUUUUUCAUACUGAAUUUUUUAUUAAGAGCCAUCCACAUCCAUGUGUGACUCCCUCAUGCUGAUGGAGAAGAGAGAGCUGGAAAGCUCCUUCUGUGACUUAAGUUAGCCCUUACUCUUGUGGUUCCCCUCUCAUCAACAUCCUUCAGAGCUGAAUUGCUUUUGUACACUUGUCAGUGUAGGGCUUUUGUUUGUUUGUUUGUUUUUUAUGUUGCCUUCCCUUGGGUCUCUUUUUCCUCAAUUCUGUAAGAAUAGGCAAUGUAAUGAAAUUACAUUAAAGUUCAACUCAGGAAGAGCAACUUCUUGUUAGUCUGUGGGAAGGUCUCCCAGGGGACAUGUCAUAUACUUCGUUGCUUAUGUUAUUUUUAAUUGGAUUGGAUGGAAUUUUAAAGAAAUCAUUAGGGGGGAAAAAUGCAGCCCUGAGAAGGGCCGUGACCUUAAAGAGCUUUUGAAUCUCAGAAAUUUUCUUUAACUAAUCAAAUCCAAGAAGCACUCUAGUUGUCUGUUUUAUAAUGUUUUGUCCAUGAAUUACAUGUGCUAGCAAAUAAUAUUCACAAUAAAAUUAUCAGUAGUAUUAACAUAAAGUUCAUAGCUUGUAGAAUUGAAUGAAGGUAUCUUGUAAUGAGAUAUCAGAAGCAUUUCAGAAUCAGUAGAACAUGUUCAUAACUAUAAGAAACAGGAUAUUAUUUUUGCUGAGUGCUAAAAUUGUGUGUGAAUUUUCUGAAUUACCAAAAAGUGUGUGGUACUGUCAUCAUGUUUCUGUUUCAAGCUGUGACAAUUUUUUCCUCAAAAAUGAUGUAUGAAAGUAGAAACAACUUGGCUCUUACAAGAGAAUUGUGUUUUCAGUUAGUUGGCUUGUUUUAAUACGUAUUGAAUUAAGACUUGCUGUGGAAUCCAACAAUUUGUAAAACAAAUGAGUCAAACCUUUACUGUAUGCCCAAGUAGUAUUUAUGAUAUGUCAUACCUUUGCUUUAGAGACUCUGCGUUAGGAAGACUUUUCCUGUUGAAGAAUGGAUUUAAGUGCUUUCCUAUGUGUAUCCUCAUAUUCUAAAUCUGUUACGUGGUCUUUGAAUACUAAUAAUAACUUCUCUGCUAAUUUAAGUCUGUCUUGGAUGUGGAAAAAUAGCUUCUGACUUGCAAUAUUAUAUUUUGUAAUUAUUUUUAAUAUAGUAGUUCAGGAAUAAAGUUUGAAAUGACAAAAAAGUAUCAGCAAUGAAUCCGAUGGUAUGGAGUUUACUAUGGAUUGCCUUGUUGCCUUUAAGAACACGUCUACAGCCUUAACCCUGGUACAGAAGAUAAAGAAUAUAUUUGCAAUAAAUAUAAAAGUAAUUAUUUUAUCAAAGAUCUUGUUUUUCUCUCAAGUUCUCUAGGUUUUAGACUUCUUGAACACAGACUGUGCUGCGUGCUGCUAUCACAUAGUGUCUGUAAGCACCAAUGCUCAUGUGGCAGUACUGUAGGACUGGAUUGGUGAUGCUAACAGACCAGUGGCAUUAGGCCCUCCUUCAGGUUGGAGGCUCAAAAAGCUGCCAGGUGCUUCUCAGGGCUUUUGCCACCUCCUGUAUCUAUCGUAUUUAGAUGAUCCUUCCUUUCUUCCAUUGCUUUCAAUGUUCUUGCUCUGCCUCUGUUCUGCUGUAAACUAGUUUCCUAGUCAUUCCAGAUUACAUUACCUGAAGUCUUGGGAAUGUGUGUGAUUUUGAUGAGUUCAGCCGCAAGCAUUGCUUGCUGAUGUUGACAGUUGGUAAGAUUAGAGAGGACUCAGACAAAUGAAAAAAAAACUUGGUCUCAAAGAUCUCUAGUGUCCCCCAUAUCUCCUGUUGUCUCUUCUCUUCCUACAGCAUGACAUUCCAAUAUAGACCUCAUCUUUACUGUCUGUAAGACACACUUUCUUCUGCAUGAACCUAAUUCAUGUUACAGAGGUGAGUUUUUAUUUGCAGUUUUUCCUUUCCACAGAAAAUGAGGUAAGAGCUGUAAGAUAGCAGUAACAGGUCAAACUGCAAGACUUUACAGACUUCUAAGGUGUCAAGAUCCAAACGUACAUUUAAAGAAGCAGAUCACCCAUAUUUCAUUUCCUGGUGACACACAUCUGUCAGUUUUCUUUUUACUGAGCCAACACUUAAAAUCAGUCAAAGCUUUCAAUUACAAUAGUCACAGUGCAGAAUAGCUGGGCUCUAUGUGAGGGUGUAUGUGCUACCAGAGAUUAUCAAAAGGAUUGAAACAUUUUGAACAUCCUUGAAAGCCAGUGUAAAUACAAUUGUGUCAUAAUCUUUUCAUGACUCUAUUAGGAGUUUCUCAACAUUAAGUCCAGGCUUUCAGUGCCCAGAUUUGGGGCAUUAGUCAAUCUGCUUGAGAAUGUAGUAAGUUUGCUGUGCUUAUAAACUGAUCUUCCCAAAGAAGAGUAUAAGUCUCUCUCUCUCUCUCUUUUUUUUUUUUUUUUUUUUUUUGUUUUCCCUCCUGUCUCCUAGAUUUAUCUUAAUUUCAGAAAUGUAUGGACAAUGUUUUUCAUUUUCUGGCUGUGCAUUCUUCUAUUCUGUGCAAGUCUACCAGUACAAUGAAUUACUAUUGAUGUUUUUGCUCGUGAAAGUAACAUGGGCACGUUAGCUGGACUGGCAGGAUAAGUUAAUACUUAUUGGUAUUACAGUAUAUCUUGUAUGCAACUAUGCCAAAAGUGUUGUUUUUUCUAAAUUAAAAUAUAACUUUUCCAUUGAAGUCUGUAAGAUAUUUUUUCCCCUGAGAAAAACAAGCUAUACAGUGGAUGUUAUGUUUCAAUAUUUCCAAUAAAUUAGGAAACAAUUGCCUGGG